UAGAUUCAACUCUCGAGGGUGGAAAAAACUUAAUUUCUUGAUUGUCCUUUGAAGUUUGAUUCUAUUUGAGGCGUUGGUUUCAAAUAGGCUUUCUAUUUUGCCUUACCUUUUCUCAGUUUGAAACCAACUAGUGCGGGGAAAAUAUUUUUCUUUUACGAGUCUGUAGUAAGCUUUGGAAUGAGUAUUAGAAUUCUUGUCUCUUACACUUUGGCUGUGUUAAUCUUGCUAGUCCCAUAGCUCAAUUUGGCAUUAGCAUUUUAGCUUAUGGAAUAAUUUGGUGGUUGUUCUGUGGAUGUCAUUAUCUAUCCCGUUAAGUAAAAGAGCCUUGAAGCCAUUUGAAUGGCUUGCCAUUUUUUGGGCCAAAUUUUCCAAUUGAGCCCUUCAAAUUGCUGAGCUCUCCUUAUAACUCUAAGGGUAAUUUCGUCUUUCCAACUCCAGCACUGUGCUUACAUCGUCAUGAUAGCAUUGUGCACGGUUCCCCAUGCAGGUUGAGUACCGCUAUUUCUUAUACACGCUUCAAGAAGGAAAAUAAAUGUUUCUAGAGCUCCGGUUCAUCACAAUGGGGACCUCUGCUGGCUGAAUCUCAAUGGUUUAUGCUUUUUCUUCGUCAGGUUUUCCCGAUCUCUUCCCAUAACUUCUCCAAGAAAUCGGUUCUUCUAUAUGAUUGGUUUAUAUUGAGGCAUUUCUUGUGUUGGUUGUCGCCGUUGUACGCCAUAGAUUGUUGCUAUCCGACCUCGACGGAGGCUAUAGUUCUCCCUAUAAAUAUUUAGGCAUCUCUUGUACUGGUUGUUGUACGCUGUAGAUAGUUAGUUAUCAACUUUGACGGAGGCUAUAGUUCUGUCUUCGAUAUAUGUUUACAAAAAAAUCUCUAUAUAUAUCUAUAUGUAUACACACACAGAAAGAUAGUUUCGUCAAUUUGUUUUGUUUCUGAUUUGUUUCGUUUGUAAUUUUACCAGACCAGAUUUCCCAGAUGCGUGCGUUGUGGUGGAGUUUAAGAGUUAUGAAAUAUAAAAUUUAGAAAGUUGUUGCGACUCUAGGCCCAGUAAUAUAGUUUUUAUUGAUAGUGUGUUAUUUUGUGAAAUAGUUCCUCCCCCAGGCUUAUAGACCUGUUUGUAGUGUUUUCCUUUCCAAUAUAUAUUUGCCAUUGAGGGUGUAUUUAUUAGUUUUAUUGCUGUUUUCCUGAGCUUUCUCUGCGCAUGGUAUUGACCAUUCCCUUAUAUAUUUUGUCCCUCAUAAAUACGCCAAGGUAUGUUACUAAAAAAAUAAAGAAUUCUGUAGAUGCUUCCAACAAGUGCUACUGUUGUGCUUAGCUUUGUAUGUGGAUUCUUUUAUUGACAAAAUCUGUUACUAAUGAGAAAUGUAGAAGUAGAUUUAUGAAUACACUGUAGAAAUAAAAUAAUUAUGCAUUGGACCUUUCCUUUCAUUAGUUUACCCCUAGGAAUGUAGCAUUCUCCCCGUACAUAAUUUAUGUAUAUGACAAUAUUCUCCAUUUGUGCUUGGAUUUAUUUGUAAAUUCAAUAGUCAAUAUAUUCGGACUAAUAACUCCAGAUAGUUAUUUUGUUUUGUGUUUUAUCCCUGUGUUCUUCUGGCGCUGCAGUAUUAUUAUGGUGAUUAAUGCUCCCUUUAUCCGUUUGUUUUAUGAAAGACCAUGCAAGUUAUCCAAAUAGUAAUCGAUGCGAUUACUAUGUUAUUAUUGAUGGAGGUGACGAGAUAAUUGCUGCCCAAGCAAGGCACCAUGGAACUGAUCAUGCAAUUUACCAAAGAGUGAUUUAUGCGUGUAGUUGUGUAUUUAUCGCUGGUGGAGGUGGUUCAUCGACUGGGCGCGGUCUGACCCACCGAGGCACACAACAACCACCUCGCCAUCACCAUGUUAGCCGCCGCCUUAAGUUCUCUAAGUUGUUCAAGUUCGGUCCGAUUAAGGAGUCGAUUGUGUCGCGAGAAAUGGCUCGCAGGUACAUGAUGGAUAUGAUCACCUACGCCGACACCAGCGUCGUGGUUGUCGGCGCUGGGUUUGCUGGACUUUCUUGGGCUUACGAGCACAAGAAGAUCCUAGAUGUCCAGGUGAUGUAAGUUUGGAUUUUGGAAGCUAUGUAUGAUAAUUUUAUAGUAUCAACGCACAAUUUGAAAUUUCAUGUACAUACAGUUUUAUUCUCUCUCAAACGAAAUAAAAAUUGUUUUCCCUACAUGCACUCCUUCGAUUCCAGCUGCAAAUUUGGUUUUC